CGACAUAUUCCACUUACCCGCAAUUGUUAGCUACGCACUUCCGUUGUGCCUUGUGUAUUUCCUGUCAAGGUUGGUAGGAGGAAAAGCAGCAGGCAACAGAGACGUGUAUUUAUAGAGUUGGAAGAAGGCAUUUCAUCAUGAAGAAACAGGACACGGAAGAGUCGGCCACGCAGGGCAGUGACGCGGCUCCACCACCUGGCACUGGAGAGAUUGAGGGAAGCACAGCGGCAAAAUACGUUACAGAUACUGUCAGCCCAAAAGACGUUAUAGAUACUGUCAGCCCUAACGAGCCAGACAGACCUUCACAGAUUGAUGGGGCUGAAAGUUCAGUGGGUGAGGUGUCUGCCGUUCCCAACACAGCAGAGUCUGCAGCUCUCCCCGCGGUCCCACCUGUAGAAGAGCCUGCUUUCGUCCCAGUCCCUACUGUAGCAGACCCCGUACCCGUCCCAGUCUCUACUAUAGCAGACCCCGUCCCAGUCUCUACUGUAGCAGACCCCGUCCCAGUCUCUACUAUAGCAGACCCCGUCCCAGUCUCUACUAUAGCAGACCCCGUACCCGUCUCUACUGCAGCAGAGGGGGUGUCGUCUCAGUGUGACAUGGCUGAGGAGCUGAGCCGCCAGCUGGAGGACAUCCUCAACACCUACUGUCUGGAGGACAACGGGGAAGACGGGGUUAACCUGCCCAACGGCCAAUCACAUGGCCCUGUGCUCAACGGCUUGGCCAAUGAGAAGGAGCUGGACGUGAAGCCAGAGGAUGUCAAAGUGAACGCCUGCGGAGCGGAGAAGGAGAAGGCAAAGACUCAGGACAAGAAGAAGGUGAAGGGUCUGGGUAAAGAGAUCACCCUGCUGAUGCAGACCCUGAAUACUCUGAGUACACCAGAGGAGAAACUGGCAGGCCUCUGUAAGAAGUAUGCUGAUCUGCUGGAGGAGCAGCGGAACAGUCAGAAGCAAAUGCGGGUCCUACAGAAGAAACAGUCUCAGCUGGUGCAGGAGACAGACCACCUAAAGAAGGAACACAGCAAGGCUAUCCUGGCACGCAGCAAACUGGAGUCACUCUGUAGGGAGCUGCAGAGACACAACCGCACACUCAAGGAGGACGGGACACAGCGUGCACGCGUGGAGGAGGAGAAGAGGAAGGUGGUGACAUCACACUUCCAGGUGACUCUGAAUGACAUCCAGGCCCAGAUGGAGCAGCAUAACGAGAGGAAUGCCAGUCUGAGGCUGGAGAACUCUGAGCUGGCAGAGAAACUCAAGAAACUCAUCCAACAGUACGAACUACGAGAGGAGCACAUUGACAAGGUGUUCAAGCAUAAGGACCUGCAGCAACAGUUGGUGGAUGCGAAGCUACAACAGGCUCAGGAGCUGCUCCUAGAGUCUGAGGACCGACAUCACAGAGAGAAGGACUUUCUGUUGAAGGAAGCGGUCGAGUCUCAGAGGAUGUGUGAGCUGAUGAAGCAGCAGGAAGUCCAUCUCAAACAACAGCUAUCCUUAUACACAGAGAAGUUUGAGGAGUUCCAGACUACUCUGUCCAAGAGCAAUGAGGUGUUCACCACUUUCAAACAAGAGAUGGAGAAGAUGACGAAGAAGAUCAAGAAGCUGGAGAAGGAGACGACCAUGUAUCGUUCCAGGUGGGAGAGCAGCAACAAGGCCCUGCUGAACAUGGCUGAGGAGAAAACUCUGCAGGACCGUGAGUUCGACAGCCUCCAGGGGAAGGUAGGGAAGUUGGAAAAGCUUUGCCGGGCGCUGCAGCAAGAACGCAACGAACUCAGCAAGAAGGUUCAGGGCCCCGGCCCCGGGGACGACGACAGCCCAGGGGUUGAAUCCCCUUCCCUACCGCCCACAGACUCCCAGGAGACUAGCCCAGACCCCGACACCACCACCACCACCCCUAGCUCCCCAAUACCCUGCUCCCACGGCUGCCACUGCGGCCCAGAGUUGGACACUGAGAACCAGGCCUGUGCAGCCACCCUCACUGCCCAGGAAUGAGACCUCUUGCCUGGGCAACACCGUUCAGUCUCCCUUUCACUGACCGAUUACCAACUACCAGCCUGCAAGCCAAGCCACUAUUUAUGUGGGAGUUAAGAGUGUGGGUCUGUAUGAUUUCCCCCAGAGUUAGAUAAAGUUGUACCCUAACCACAGAUCUAGGAUCAGAUUCCCUUACGUCCAACUUAAAACCAAUAGGACGGUGCAAGAACAUCUGACCCUGGAUCUGUAGUCAGUUAGCAGCUUCUACCUACUCUGGUGGCUCCUGGAGAGUUGAAGGUGAUGAUGAUGAUGAUGGUGUCAGUCAGGGACGAUUAUUGGAGGUUCUUCAUCCUGCGUGUUUUGUUUUUUGGUCUUUUUUAAAAUGUUCCUUUUGAGAACUCUAGUACACAUGUUCAUGGAAAUCACAGCUUUUAUGCCAGGCAAAGCAAGCUAAAAAGAAAGAGGCUUCAUCCCAAAUGGCACCCUAUUCCCUAUAUAGUGCACUACUUUAGACCAGAGCCCUAUGGAACCCUAUUCCCUAUAUAGUGCACUACUUUAGACCAGAGCUCUAUGGAACCCUAUUCCCUAUAUAGUGCACUACUUUAGACCAGAGCCCUAUGGAACCCUAUUCCCUAUAUAGUGCACUACUUUAGACCAGAGCUCUAUGGAACCCUAUUCCCUAUAUAGUGCACUACUUUAGCCCAGAGCUCUAUGGAACCCUAUUCCCUAUAUAGUGCACUACUUUAGACCAGAGCCCUAUGGAACCCUAUCCCCUAUAUAGUGCACUACUUUAGACCAGAGCCCUAUGGAACCCUAUUCCCUAUAUAGUGCACUACUUUAGACCAGAGCUCUAUGGAACCCUAUUCCCUAUAUAGUGCACUACUUUAGACCAGAGCUCUAUGGAACCCUAUUCCCUAUAUAGUGCACUACUUUAGACCAGAGCCCUAUGGAACCCUAUCCCCUAUAUAGUGCACUACUUUAGACCAGAGCCCUAUGGAACCCUAUUCCCUAUAUAGUGCACUACUUUAGACCAGAGCCCUAUGGAACCCUAUUCCCUAUAUAGUGCACUACUUUAGACCAGAGCCCUAUGGAACCCUAUCCCCUAUAUAGUGCACUACUUUAGACCAGAGCCCUAUGGAACCCUAUUCCCUAUAUAGUGCACUACUUUAGACCAGAGCCCUAUGGAACCCUAUUCCCUAUAUAGUGCACUACUUUAGACCAGAGCCCUAUAGAACCCUAUUCCCUAUAUAGUGCACUACUUUAGACCAGAGCCCUAUAGAACCGUAUUCCCUAUAUAGUGCACUACUUUAGACUAGAGCCCUAUGGAACCCUAUUCCCUAUAUAGUGCACUACUUUUCACCAGAGCUCUGUUGGAAUAGGGUGGUAUUUGGGACACUGGCUGCUUAGGAAGGUAAAUCUGCAGUAAAGAUGUUGGGACAGGAGGGUUUGUGUGUGUGUGCUUGUCUCCAUCAGUCCCUCUUUUUCGUGUGUGCGCGCGCGUCCGUGUGUCUGUCAGUCAUAAAGAGGUUAAGAUAUAGUGAAUCUGCAAAUGUACGGCCACAGUUAAACUUGAAUUCUAGGAUUUGUCUUUUUUAUUAUUUUUUAUUUUAUUUUUUUAAAGUUGAACACACUGAAAGCAUGGCUAACUCAUCAGCGCAUGUAGGAAUCACAUGACCUUUCCUUCGGUACAGAGAGCAGAGUGUAUAUAUCUAGGUUGGGGAUAAUCUUGCAAAAGGGUCACUUUCAUUCCAUUUUUAGACGUCCUUGUUUAGGUCCAGAGCAUCAAAACACUUAAAGGGAUGGUGUAGAUAUUCUUUAUCAAUCUUUGCAGUAUCGUUGGAUCCACACAAAAUGCUCUUAGACCAGGGUUUUAUUCACGAGGAACCAACCGGAAGCAAAUUGGGGGGGGGGGGGGGGGGGGUGAAAUGAGGAGGGACCUGAGCUGAAUUUGUCCAACAAGAAAAUUGUUUUCAUUGCUAAAUGUUUUCCGCUUGCAAAAUGUUUUGUUCCGGUUUGUACUAAUGAAUACACCUGGAGAUGAGACAAAAUCGCCUUGUUCUUUCGUUUGGUUUUGGGUUGCUUCAUUAUAUCAGUGUUGGGUUUUAAUUCCGUUCAAUUAUGUGGAAUUUGAAUUUGACCCCGACUCUGCUUUAUAUCAUACUGUACUUUGGACCUCCUUUAUGUUGCAAAGAGCACAGCAGAGUUUGUACACUGUAUUUGUUUGAUAUGCAACUGUUUAAAAUAUAUAUAUAUCUAAGGAAGAGUCAACCGCUAUAUAUAAAUAUUUUUAUUUAAAAAAAAAUUCAUUUUAAGCAUUCAUUGACCAAUUUGACUUUCCUCCUCAUUCCCACAAUAUGCAAGUAUCCAUUCCACACUCGUAUUACGUGCUUUUCAAUUUCAUUCUACAACAUAGGUUCCAAUGUAAGAUGUUUUAAUGUUUUCAUGCUGGCGGUCUUUGCGAACAUGAUCGUUUAUGGUUAAGAUGUAUAGAUUCCACUGAAACGGAUAUUGAAACGUACUGACACAGGUGGCUACCAAUGAUACUUUCUCCAUUCCGUGUGUCUUUCUGAGAAUACAUAUCUUUAACAAGAUUGUAACUCACCUUGGAUAGUUUUGGUUCAAUCAGGUCAAGUAAAAUAUGUUUAAACAGAUUUCUAUGCAACCUUAGCAUUGUUAUCUAGUUCUGUGUCAGUUUGAUUUGAGAAGCACUUAACUGAGAAUGUAUUAUCAUCUCCCUUUGGCGUGCACUGGCCUGGGGUGUGUUCACUAGGAACCAAAUGUUAGCAAACAGAAUCUAACGGGGAGGGACCAACCUGAAUUUCUCCCAAUAGAAACUCACAUUUUUGUUGCAAAAGGUGUUCCUGUUUGUGAGACUGUUUGUGCUACAUGUUGAACCUGAACCUCAGUGGUUAAUUGCAAAUUCUUCCUUUCUAUAUAAACCGUGUCACAAAACAACUUGAUUAUUUUCUCUGUACUGUGUAGUGUUAUGUUGACACAACGUGUAUAUGCUGUGGUGCGGUCAGUGUGUUCCCCAUACUCUCUGGGGGGGGGGGGGGGGCAUUCUGUUUUCUGUCCUGAGUUUAUUUUCACCAUCAGUUAUGUUGGAAGAAUGAUAGCUUUAUUUUGCUAUGAAAGUACAGGAAUAAUUUCUGUAGAGUCUAUCCUUGUUAGCAUCACAUGUCUUCCUCGUUUUAGUUUGUAGUGUUGGUCUGGCUCUGGGGGCUGCCGUUUUGAGGAAUGCAAUACUUUUCUUUAUUACAUUAAAAAAUAAAUAAAGACUAACUUUCCUGAGCUUCAUAUUGUGAUUAAGAGAUUCAUCCAUGUUGAUUAAGAACCCAAUAUGGUUUCUCUUAUUUUGGGUUUUUCCCCAUUUUAUUUUCCAUGUAUUUUUCUUACCCUGUAUACUUAAUGUCUUGCUAAUUAAAAUAUGUACAUGUUGUGA